ACCACUAAUCACCUAUAAGACCACUCUGUCCCUGCUUCCUUUUUCUCUUUCUGCUCUCUUCUACCCCUCUUCAAGCUUCACUCUUCAUUCUUCAUUCUUCAUUCUUCAUUCUUCAUUCUUCAUUCCUCAUACUUCUUGGUUCUAUUACUCUCGUAGUAGCAUCGCCAUAUCUCAUCUCCAGAAUAUCUCCAAAUAACAUCAACGUCAUCAUGUCUGCUUCCGAAGAGAGAGCUGCUCCCCUCCGCCUGGGCUCCAUCGCCCCCAACUUCAAGGCCGAGACCACCGGCGGCGACAUCGACUUCCACGAGUUCAUCGGCGACAAGUGGGUGAUCUUCUUCUCGCACCCCGAGGACUACACCCCCGUCUGCACCACCGAGCUCGGCGCCUUCGCCAAGCUCGAGCCCGAGUUCACCAAGCGCGGCGCGAAGCUCAUUGGCCUCUCCGCCAACACCAUCGAGUCCCACGGCGGCUGGAUCAAGGACAUUGAUGAGAUCUCCGGCUCCAAGCUGACCUUCCCUAUUAUCGGCGAUAAGCAGCGCCAGAUCGCCUUUGCGUAUGAUAUGCUUGAUCACCAAGAUGCUACCAAUGUCGAUGCGAAGGGCAUUGCUUUCACCAUUCGGUCGGUCUUCAUCAUUGACCCAAAGAAGACUAUCCGCACUAUCCUUUCUUACCCCGCCUCCACCGGCCGCAACACCGCUGAGGUUCUCCGUAUCCUUGACAGCCUCCAGACCGGCGACAAGAACCGCAUCACCACCCCCAUCAACUGGAUCCCCGGAGACGACGUCAUCGUCCACCCCUCCGUGACCAACGACGAGGCCAAGACCCUCUUCCCCCAGUUCCGCAUCGUGAAACCAUACCUGCGCUUCACCCCUCUCCCAAAGGAGAAGACCUCUGCCAACAUCUAAGUUAAAAGUCGUGGAUGUGGUAGUGGGAGAUGAUGGGAAGGGAUGGAAGAUGGAUGGAUAGAGUUAAAUUGUUUGUUUUUAGCGGAGAGAGGAGGAUA